AUGUCGGGUAAAAACUUCCAGGGACUGAAGGAACAGACUGGAGGUGCAGCGAAAGAUGCUGCAAAUGCGUUGGGACAGGCUACUCAGGAUGCAGUCGACCAGAUUACAGAAGCAAGCCGGAAAGCUAUCGACAAAGCUUCCAAGACAGCACAAGAUGGGGUAGAAAAAGCAACUGGACAAGCUGCAGAAGCAGUGUCUGGCCUUGGGAAAAAAUGUGGAUUUAAGAAAUAA